AUGGCCGAUAUCCAAGCGACGACAAAUGAGAGACAGACAUCGUUGCAUGCUGCUUCUAGUGAAGGCCGCGUCCAGAUGGCAGAAUUUUUGCUUGACCAUGGUUGCGAUAUGGAGGCAAAGGACGCAGAUGGACAUACUCCGUUGCGUACUGCAUGUGAGAGUAACAAUUUCCAGGUCGCAGCGCUAUUGGCGGAUAGAGGUGCAAAUGCCCAUGACAAUGAAUGGACAGUAUUCGACUUGGCAGAACAACAUGGCACAUUGGAUCUUUUGUUUUCGGCGAUCCGCCAAAAUCCUUGGCUGUGUCAGAAGUGA